AUGAAGUUGGCCGAAGCUUUGAGAGUAAGAAGUGAUUACGUGACUAAAAUAAAUAACUUGAAAGGGAGAAUAAAAGUCAACGCUAAAAUGCAAGAAGGUGAUGAAUGUAAAGAUGAUCCAACAUCAAAUUUGGAAGAUUUGAUCAAAAUUGACUUCAAUUUGACUAAAUUGAUAACACAAAUCAACUUGGUUAACUGUGAGGUGACAUUGGAGUACCCAUCUUUCAUAGAAGGAUCAGAGUUCUCCACUGAAAUAUUUCAGAAAGAUUUCCUGUAUGAUGAUUUUGAGAUUGAUCCAGAGAGAAUAAAGCCGGUCAAAAAAACCAUGUGUGAAGCAUUGAUGGAAAGGGAAAGUAUAAGAAGGAGAAUAAAACAUUAUGAAGACGCUGUUGAUGCAUCAAAAUAUGUCGGAGGAUAUAAUUAUUCAAAAUCUGAAAUCAGAAUUGUUUCUUUGAUUGAUGAAGUAAUGCUACAAAAAAAAAUAGAUAGACUUUCAGGAUUCUUGCGAAUAAUGGAUACAAAAAUACAAGAGAGGAAUUGGGAAAUAGAUUUCGAAGAAACCCUAGGAAUAGUCAUAGAGAGUCAAAGAAGAAAGGAGAGAAAGAGAUUUCUUUACUUUUUUUGA